GAAACCUUUGCCAAGAUUUUGAAUUCUUCCAUUGAUCAUAUUCGCCCACAGAAUGAGAUCUCCAGCUCGGCUGCUACCUCCAGACCAAAAGAUGCGCAUUUAUCCAACGAUCGUUUGAAACAAUGUAACAACGCAUUACUCUCUGUCUUUUUCUUUUGUACGCAAUUUUGCAAUGACCAACGUUCUACAAAACACGCGUGUCAUGGUAGACGAGUACAUGUCACGCUUUGAUCCAUCCCAUGACAUGCACCAUGUUGAUCGAGUUUGUCGCUUAGCGUUACAACUAGCCCAACAAGAUGCGUUCCAAGGGAAGGAGGUUGACUUGACGGUCGUUGAACUCGCAGCACUGUGCCACGACAUUGGCGAUCGCAAAUAUUCUACAGGACAAGAAAAAGAAGAAAAGAGCAUUGAACAGUUCUUGACGCGACAAGGAUAUCCAAAAGCUGCACUUAUUCAAAAAAUAGUGGAUCAUGUAGGCUACAGUAAGGAACUUGGUUGGAGCAAAGAGGAUGCAGACUCGGACUGGCGUGACACGUGUCUGGAACUUCAUGCGUAAGUGUGUGUGAUAUGCAAAGUACGCACCCCCCCUGUCCUUGUAACCCGUUGUUUUUUACACACGUUUCCGAUAUAUCUUUUUAGUGUACAGGAUGCAGACAAGCUGGAUGCAAUUGGUGCAUUUGGCGUGAUGCGAUGUGCAGCGUA